CCCACCUUUUGGCUUCCUCUUCCUCCCCUCUAGUCUUGCUCCUGUUUCCGGUCGUGGCUGAGGCAGCUGUGCAACUGGGAGGCAGUGUGGCCUGGCAGCCAGUGUGCAAAGAAUUGCUCCCAGCAUCAAACACCCUUUAGGAGCUGAAUCCCUUCUAAAGCUCUCAACAUGAGUCUCCAGUGGGCGACAGUGGCCACGUUUCUGUAUGCAGAAGUCCUCCUUGUCUUUCUCCUAUGCAUACCUUUCAUUUCUGCAACAAGAUGGCAGAAGAUCUUCAAGUCUCGUUUGGUGCAGCUUGUGGUGGCAUAUGGAAACACCUUCUUCAUUGUGCUUAUUGUCAUCCUUAUCCUGCUAUUCCUUGAUGCCAUUCGUGAGAUUCGGAAAUAUGAUGACGUGACGGAGAAAGUAAACCUUCAGAACAACCCUGGUGCUGUUGAGCACUUUCACAUGAAGCUCUUCAGAGCCCAACGAAAUCUCUACAUUGCUGGCUUUUCCUUAUUGAUGGCCUUCUUGCUGAGACGCCUGGUCACCCUGAUCUCCCAACACGCCACCAUCUUGGCCUCUAAUGAAGCCUUCAAGAAGCAAGCCGAAGGAGCCAGUGAUGCAGCCAAGAAGUACAUGGAGGAGAAUGACAAACUGAAGAAGCAACUGAAAUUGGCCGGAGUGGAAGUAGCUGAUCUGGACACCAAAGGUGCCAGUGCCGAGGAAGACAACAAAGCCCUGCAGGAUGAAGUCAGAAAGCUGAAGGAAGAAUUGACCUCCACAAAGAGAGCUUUGGAGAAAGCUGACAACGAGGCCCUGGCUAUGCGCAAACAGGCUGAAGGACUGACCAAGGAGUAUGACAGACUGCUGGAGGAACAUGCCAAGCUCCAGAAAUCUUACGACGGCCCAAAGGAUAAGAAGGAAGAGUGAUCCCCAGACCAACAAACUCCACCCUACCUGCUGGUUGCUGUACAUUCAUCUUUUUCUUCUUUUUUUCUUUUUGGUGAGAGGUGGAAUCUUAUUGAGCCCCCUCCCCCACAUCCUGGGUAUGGAUUGGGUUGGCAUGCCCAUUCUAGCAGUAUUCUCUUCCACACACCCUAAUCCCUCACACAACAUCCUUGAUGCUACAGCUUUUGAAUGGACUGCUAACCCUCUCUAUGCCCACUGUUUAAAAUUUUCCGGAGCAGAGACUGAUGAUCAGUUUACCCAAAAUGCUAAAGCUGCCUGAUUUAGCAUCCCAAGGGAUUUUAUCCCAAAAGGGUAGGGGAAGCCUUUCUUAUUGGGGAAGCAGGGGACACUGGAUUUCUAGUGUCCAAAGCACGUGGUGAAGGUCCACUGGCUACUUUGGCAUGCCCUCUUCAUGCUGCUGCCCCUCGCCUUUCAGCUGUGUCCGAGUUCCCAGAGUCUUUGAGUGUGAUAUCCCAGGACUAGAGGGAACAUGAGUAUCUGUGUGCUUAUGUGCUCUUGUAGAUAUUGACUGGGUCUUAGAGGGGGGAAAGAUCUUUGUCCACACCCCUCUUGAUUUUUUAUAUGUGUGUACUACAGACAAAGUGACUGUAUAAAGCUUCACAUUAAAUCUCUGGCACAGUG